AGCCCAGCUGCCCAGAGCACUGAUCCUGAGCCGCUGGAGUCUUCAGCACUAGAUUAUGAAGUCACUAUGGCGCCAGCAGCGGAAGACAAAUACAUGCACUUGGCCAUAUACAUUAUAACGAUUGUCACGGGCUUUCCUGCCAACCUCCUUGCCCUUCAUGCACUGAUCCGGAAGCUACGCAUCAAAGCCACCCCCAAUGCCAUCCUGCUCCUCAACCUGACCAUAUCCGACUUAUCCUUCUUGGCUUUUCUCCCUUUCAAAGUUACAGAGGUUGUGCAAGGCCAGUGGUCAAUGCCCUCCUUCCUUUGCCCGCUCAGUGGCCUCUUCUACUUCAGCACCAUCUACUCUAGCACGUUGUUCCUCACCACGGUCAGUGUGGAGCGGUACCUUGGUGUUGCCUUCCCCCUCAAGUACAAGCUCUACCGCAAGCCAAGCUAUGCGGUGGCCAUUAGUGUCUUCCUAUGGGUCUGCUCGUUUGCCCAUUGUAGCAUUGUCUACAUCACGGAAUACCACCAAGCUUUCAACGUGAGCAGUAAUAAGCUUGUUUGCUAUGAUAACUUCACUGAGAAGCAGCUGGAGGUUCUGCUGCCUUUCCGUCUAGAGCUGGGACUUCUCUUCUUCUGCCUUCCUUUUAUUAUAACCUGUUUCUGCUAUGGAAGCUUUAUCAGGAUCCUCAUAUCUUCUCCACACAUCCAUAAGGACAAGAAGCAGAGAGCCAUUGGUCUGGUCCUUACCACUCUCUGUGUUUUUGCCAUAUGUUUUGCCCCCUACAACAUCUCACACUUGGUUGGAUUUGUACAGAAGAAGAACUUAAGAUGGAGGGAAAAGGCUUUGCUCUUAAGUACGUUCAAUGCAAGUCUGGACCCUGUCAUCUUCUACUUCUCCUCCACCGCCGUCCAACACUCGUGCAAGUGCUGCUUGGUGAAGCUAAAGAUUUGCCAUCCCAGUCCAGCUCUACAUAGAAUAAUAGACAAGCAGAGCAUCAAGCUGGGUCCUCCACAACUGUCGGACAGCCAGAUAUACAGUUCGAAGUACUGACCCUGGAAUCUUAUUUAUUCUUGUGUUGUAGACCUGUUGGAGGUAAUGUUGUAGUACGGGCAUGAUGUUUACAUUGGGUUUCAAUAGGGGUGUCCAUACAUGAAGUGGCAGCUGUUCAUACCACCACUUCCACUUAUUGGCACCUAUCCAUUGCAGAUGUGGAAAGCAGAAAGACCACAGUCCCCCAUGAGUUAACAUCAUGGUGACUAUGAUGAGAAACCGAGAUGGGGUCAACCUGAGAUGGAUCCCAUUGCAGCUACAUGCGCUGCCUCAUGACCUUGGAUUUUGACACAACCCUCAUUGAUGGUGGCAUCUUCUUUCACUCAUUGGAGUAAUUCAGACUUGCAAAAAUUGUGUUCUGUACUAGACCAAAUUCUCAAGGUUAUGCAAUGAUGUCUAUGAUUGGCUGACCACCAUAACCUAUGACCAAAGGUCUGACCUCCAAUAGAUGAUGCCAUGUGUA